AUGGAAACUCAAAAUCUCACAAUAGAUGAUACCUUAUUAUUAUCUGAUAUUUUCAAUGAAACAGAGUUUGCAGGAGAAGAUCUCUUUUCCAUUUUAGGAAACCUAGAAAACUUCAAUGAUUUUCCUUUCAUUACCAAUGAGCAAAACUCAAAAAUUUCCUUAACUACUCCACAAGUUUCUGAAACUGAACCAUCACAGAAAUGCAAGAGACAGAAGCUUGCUCCAAGUUCAGUUGUCGAGGAACCAAACAGCGACGGACAACAUCGAGUGUCGCAUAUCACCGUCGAGCGAAAUCGGAGAAAGCAAAUGAAUGAGCAGUUGUCGAUCUUGAAGUCACUCAUGCCUUGCUUUUAUGUCAAACGUGGAGACCAAGCAUCAAUAGUUGAAGGCGUAAUCGAUUACAUCAACGAGUUACAUCAACUACUACAAUGCCUAGAGUCCAAGAAACAAAGAAAAGUUUACAAUGAAGUACUAAGUCCAAGACUAUUAGUUUCAAGUCCAAGACCUUCACCACUAAUAAGCCCUAGAAUAACCUUACCAAUUAGUCCAACAACUCCGCAUUCACAACAAUGGUUGCAAUUGCAACAUUAUGGUGGUCAUCUUUCGUCUGAACCUUCUCCUACUUCUUCGGCUUCUUCCAUCAACGACAACAUCAACGAGCUAGUCGCGAAUUCAACCUCCUCGGUUGCUGAUGUUGAGGUUAAGUUUUGUGGCUCACAUUUAAUUUUGAAAACUGUCUCCUCGCGAAUUCCCGGGCAGGUUUUCAGAAUAAUGUCUGCUCUCGAAGAUCUUGCUCUUGAGAUUGUUCAUGUUAGUGUUAGUACUGCCGAUGAAACCAUGUUAAACUCGUUCACUAUUAAGAUUGGAAUUGAAUGCCAACUCAGUGCUGAAGAACUUGCUCAACAUAUUCAACAAACAUUUUGUUAA